GGAUGUUUGUUUAGUUAUAUAGCGUAGUUUGAACAGUGUAAGUGAAUUUUGUGCGCUGUAAAUUUGUGUUACAUCACAUUAUAUAUAUUUUUUCGGUUCUGGGAGUUAUGUGGUGAUGGAUCACUGUUUGCAGUCUAUACAUUCUCUUUUCCUCUGCAGUAAAUUGUGAACACGUGGCUUUUGCCGGGGUUGUGAUGAUGCACCGACUGGCGCGGAUGUGGACGUGGGGUCACAGACGGCAGAGACACUGUGAGCUGCUGAUUCGAGCGCUGGAAAACAGCAGAAGGAUUUCAGCUGGAUCAUCUUGUUGGAAUGAGAAUGAGGGAAACCACUCUGGUGCUCCACGUCUGAGGUCCAAGCUGACCUUCAGGAGGAGGCGACCCCUAUCUCCUCUGGAGAGGAUCAGCGGGUUACUGUCCCGGGAUGUCCUGAGCCCCGAGGUGGAUCAGCUGCUCCGGCAAAAUGAUGUGAACGGCAGAACAGAGCUGAGGGAGUCUGAUCUGCCUGCACAGUGCGAUGACACGCAAGAGGAGAGUGGAAAUGGUGAGACAAACACAGGAGGGGAUGAAGUGGGCGGUUCUGCUGUGGACACAAACGGUCCAGGACCAAUCCACGACAGUCAAAGGUGCACUCUUCCAGGAGAGCGGCUGCUUGCAUUCGGGGAGAUCCUCACUGCUGAGUGUCUUAAAGGGACGUUGGAGUUCAGGAAGAUGUUCCAGCUUAAGGCUGGGUCAUGUCUGAACAGCAGGUGGGGGGUUAUUGAACACAGUGACAUUGCCGGACAGCCCGCAGGUCGAGUUCUGCACACAAACAUGGGGGUUCCUCUGCAGAUACACCGUGCCAGCCUGGAGGAGUAUGUGCUGUUUAUGAAGCGAGGGCCUGCCAUCACCUACCCAAAGGAUGCAGUUGCUAUGCUGAUGAUGAUGGAUGUCACAGAGGGAGAUUGUGUGCUGGAGGCGGGCUCCGGGUCGGGGGCUAUGUCUCUGUUUAUGUCUCGAGCAGUGGGCUCCAAGGGCAGUGUGGUCAGUGUGGAGGUCAGGGACGAUCACUAUAGGACAGCCGUGCAAAACUACCAGUCCUGGCGGGCAUCGUGGAGACUCCGACGAGGCGAGGAAUGGCCCGACAAUGUACGCUUUCACAAGACUGACCUCUGUGUGGCGUCUUCACUCCUCGCCGGACAUGGAUUCCAUGCGGUCGCUCUGGAUCUGGCAGAUCCACACCUGGCUUUACAAGCUGUGAUCCCACAUCUGCAGCACGGAGCUGUUUGUGCCGUGUACCUCACCAAUAUAACACAGAUCGUUGAGCUGUUGGAUGCACUUCGGUUGAUGGCGCUCCCUUUGCAGUGUGAAUGUGUCAUUGAGGUUCCUCACCGGGCUUGGCUGGUGGCCCCGGUUCUCAAGAAGGACGGGAGCUACCUGAAGAAAAAAGCUCUGUCGGUAGACAGGAACCAGGUGGACAAAGCUGAGACUUCAGAUGAAGCUGACAAAGAGUUCACGGUGGACAGUCGUCCCUGUGGGAGUGUUCCCUACAUUGCCAGACCUGACCACGAACAAAUGAGCCACACAGCGUUCCUUGUAAAACUGAGGAAGAUUAUCAUGUAAUGAAGUCUGGAACUCUGGAAGCUUUAAGAAAUAAAGCUGUCAACCAAA